GAAAGCGAGCUACAUCGGGGGCGUUAUUCGACAUCAACUCUCAGUCCAAUUCGAGACAUCUACUUCUUUAGUUUUAAAGUUCUAACACUCCAAUACAAAAUUAAUAAUUAUUUAUAUAUUUUUCACUUAGUCUUUAUGCAACUCAGUUUUUUCACCGUCUCUACGGAUAAUUACAAUGAUUGCUACGAGGAAAUGUAAAGAAGAAGGAAGUGAAAUAUCAUAAGUACAUUAUUGCAAUAUUGCUUACUAUUUGUAACUUUAUAAAACUAUUCAAAUUAAAAGAUCAGGAAACGACGUUUUUAUAAUUAUAAUAAGACAUAGAAGACAUAUUAACAGUACACGCUAUUCAAUUACUUUAUUUUAUAUGAGAGGAGGCUGGUCGGCUCGUUAAGAGAGGAAAUAAUCAUUAAUUUCCGUGUAAGCUUCAUUGAAAUAGAAAAGGACUGAUCUACUUGUAAGAGUUAUUAAUUAGAUGUAAGAGUUUAUGCAGAUAACGCGAUAAUAAGGAGUUUAUUAUCUACUUUUUGUGAUGCAUAAGCGGAAGAAAAAUUAAUUUUGGAUGCUACUGGAGUUUUGUUGUCAUUUACGAUCUGUCUAGUUCCACGUGGAUUUAAGGCUACAAUCGAUGAAGACGUGUAAAAAUGCAAGUGACGACGAGUGUGUUACUCUGGGCAUUGUUUACAAUAGCCCAGAUUGAUGCAAGACCUCCAGAAAUCGGUUCAUCGGAAGUGUCUCGAACGGACGUGACGAAAGAACAAGUCGGUGAUGUAUUGCAGACAACAACAAAACCUCAAGACGUUGGAAGCAGCAGGAACGAGACUUUUGGUGGUGCCGUACGAGAUUUUAAAGGCUAUCAGUACAUGGAUCAGUCUUUAAAAACCGUAGCAACGCAAUUAUUAAAUGUAUCCAAUCCUGAAGAAUUGCCAAGUUCGCCAGACAGCGCAAAAUUACCUAAAAUAGAAUCGAAAUUAAAUUUAUUGAUACGUAAGCCAGAUGACAGCAUCCGAGAUACUUCUCCAGCCUAUGAAAUAUUUAAUGGCAAUAAAAAAAUAUCAGAGACACACAGCUUUGGGCGACCCGCCAAUUCAAAAUUUAGUUUCUUCCAAUUGAGUCAUCCCGGUCAGGCAAUGGCAAUAACUGAAGAAGAGCUGGAACGUGAAUUGGCAUCAGCUCGUACGACGACACACAAAACACCAGUGACUACUGUCGGUGGUAUAUCGACUUGGAUACUUUUAAAUCCUCCCAGCACAACAGCUAAGUCUUCAAUUACGUCUGCUAGUAAUAAAAAUCAUCCCCAUAAAACUACUGACACAAAGACUUCAUCAUCUUCUGCUAAACCUUCAUCAACUAUCAUGAGAACUGAGACAAGUCCUAAGACAACUACAGAAAAAACUACACCUCAAACAUUUUCACCGAUUGCCAAUGCUUUGAAACAAACCACAGCAGCAACUGGAGCUAAUAAUAAUAAUAAUAAUAACAACAUGGAAAAAAUAACAAUCAUGGAUUCAAACACGAUUCCAAGAGUAGAAACAACUGACAGUUAUAAAUUAAAACCGUCUGUUGGAGUUACAAAUGGAACUAAAAAUGACAAUGAAGAAACAGCGAAAACUACAACGAAAAAAAUAAUACGUAAUUCAGGUUCAGGAUCAACUACCCCGAAAUCAACGACCAUAAUAACGAAAACUACUGCGAUGAAAGUCUCGAGACCGAGCUCUGCAAACCGACCUACUAAGCCUCCUGUUAUCAGAAAACCAUCAAUUAAAUCAAACAAUACUAAGAUCAGUGUAAACGCAACAUCGAAAAUUGAAAAAGUUACUUUCAGACCCAUUCAAAUGAUUUCCAGUACCAAAAAUUCUCAAGCUUCUAAUUCUAAGCCCAUGUUCGUAAGCAAAAUUUCAGCGUCACUUUACACCAGUCCCGAUGCGACCGCAUCCAUAAAUUCAUCGGAUAUUAUCAAAGAUGAAUUGAAUAUAACUGAUGUAAAAACAACGAAAUCGAAGCCGACAAAAACGAAUGUCUUGAAGGUACAAUUAAAGAAACCAACUGACAGUCCAACGACCAUUGAAAUUGAACCGAUUCAAGUGAACGCUCCGGUUUUGACGAUUGAAAAAGUCGAGGAUAAAAAAGUUUACGGAGAACAAAAUAGCGAACCAGUAAAACUGCAGGAUCCAAUUGAUGUCAAAUUUGAUUUUAAUCCCGAGUUGACUAAAAUUAUUGAGUCAUCAACUAGAAUAUCAUCCUCUUCAUCCAUUUCUUCUUCUUCUUCUUCUUCUUCAUCGUCUUCUGAGUCGUCAUUAUCAACGACAACUAAACGACCUAAACAUAAAAGAAAGAAAAAUAAAUUACGCAGGCGUAAACCAUCGACUACUUCUGCUCCGACUUCUACAUCAGUAUCAAUAUCGUCAAUAUCAUCAUCAUCAUCAUCAUCACUAUCUCCAAUUUCCAAUGAAAAUAAUGAAGGUAUUAAUGAAGUUGAAUCAACAGACGUUUCAAUUCAAGAAUCUAAAAUCGCACCUGAAUCAAAGGUGACAAAUAGCAAUAAAAAUAAUAAUACAAAGAGUAAUAAUAAGAAGAAACAAGUUGCAAAACCCAUCGGUACACAGAUUUAUAAUUUCAUAAGUAGAGAAGUAAUGCCAAGUGUCGGAGUGAUGUCUCUAGUUGGUCUUGGUCUUGGUUUAGCUUCUUACUUCCUUUAUCCAUUCGGAGGAACCAUAGCUCGCAGGAACUACGAAGUUGAGCCUAAUUAUAAAUAUAAUAUCCAAGAGUACGGUGGCAAUUAUGGUCUAAGUGAAGAAGAAGUUUUAUCAAAAGUCUAUCAAGGAAUGAGUAGUAAUAAUAAUAAUAACAAUAACAAUUAUCAUCAUAAUAAUGCUAAUAGUAAGUACAAUAGUCCCAGCAGUGUUAAGAAUCCAGAUAAAAAUUAUUAUAGAUAUCAAGCUUAUGAUGGUGCUUACACAGAUUCUUAUACGACACGAAAAAAUACAAUAGUUGAUUCACGUUUUUCAACUUCUGCAGUACCUGUUUACAGACCCGGACCGUUUUAUGAUAAUCACAAUAAUCGUGAUAAUGAAUUCAAGUAUCCGGACUUACCCACUACGCCAAAUUACUAUGAUAGACAAACGAAACCGCAGUUUAUAAACAGCCAGUCAAAUGGUGACCGUAAAUUUGUCGUUGGUAAUAUUCCUAAGGAGUAUCCGUAUGAUAAUCAAAGACUUCCGGUUGUGACAUCGACCUCAACAACGACAACUGAAGACGCACAGCAAACAGACUUUGAAAAAGAAAUUGCGGAAAAAUUGAAUUUUGUUAAAAAUCCGGUUACUGAUAAUUUUAGCAGCGAAAGUCAGGAUAAUAGUCAUGGGAUUGCCGAAGCUUCUGCUUUGAAAGCCGAUGCUCCGCAGUAUGAUGAUGUUGACAUUACGCCGACGGCGGUAGUUGUCGAACAUGGCCCGAGAGCAUUGAAAUUUGAAAAGUUAAAGAUCAGACGGAAAAGAGAAUCAGUUAUUCAGCAGAUACCUGCUAGAAGUGAGACUGGAAGUGCUGAGGAAGAAGAUUUGAGCAAUGAAAUUUUGGAUGUUUUUGACUCAGUGAUUACUACCGAGCAGAUUGGAUUCAUGGGUGAUGACAAAAAUGAAAUAGGACAGAAGAAAAAGAUAAAGGAGUCUAAUAAUGUCUUUGAUAAAAACUCUAAAGAUAAAAUUUAUGAUUUGAAUUACGAAAAUGCUGGUGGUGUUGAGAAUGACACUAAAAUUGAAAUGAAUUCGACGUUGAAUGACGAAAAUUUAGCAGAGAUGAAUGCCACCGAUGAAAUGGUGACGUUUAAUUCUACGGAUGUUAAAUUACUUAAUGGUACGGAAGUAGAGGAUGAGAACGAGUUCAAUGGAACUAUGGCUGAUAGCAUAAUUCCAAUUAAACCUAUCGCGGAAAAAUUUAAUUUUUUCAAUUUUGUUAAGACUAUAGCUGAAGUUAAAUUGAGGUUCGGACUGACGAUUUUGAAACACGCAAGUGAAAAUUUCGCAAAGUAUCUCGGUAACGUUCAGAAAAGAUUAAAUGGUGGUGAUUAAUUUUUUAGGUUUUGUUAUUUAAAUAAAAAUUAUUUUUUUAACUUUUUAACGAAUUCAUUUUCUGAUAUUUUUAAAAAUAAAAUAUAUUCAGUCUGAGUAAUUUUUACCCUGUCUAAAUAAUUUUAGUUGCUGUUAAAAAUAUUUUUAGAUAAAUAAUUUUAUCACCGGGACCCUGAUUAAGAAAAAUUAUUUGAAAUGAUUUAAAAUAAUUUGAAUCUACUAUAUAGAUAGCAUGGAAUAAAUCAUUUUUUUAAUUAGAGGUCAGAACAAGGUAAAAAUUAAAACAGCUUUGAUUGAGUUGUUUCUUCCUUUUAUGGGGACUUUACCCUGUCCUUACUCCCUGUGAUCUAUUUAUUUAUUUAUUCAAAUUUUUAGACGUGAUAUAAAAAAUUAAUAUUGUAUUGAGACCUUCUUUUACCAGAAAAUCGAAUAUUUUUAUAUCAUAAUCCAACAUUGAAAAAACUAAUUAUUUAUGUUGCAUAAAAAUUUGAGUUUUUGAAACGGACAAAAUUACUCAGGUUGACUGUAAUAAAAUGAAAUUUGAAUAUUUAUUUCAUUUUAAAUCUAGACUUAAUGAAAAUUAUUUUAAUAUUUUAUAAAUUACGUACGAAGAAGUAGAAAAAUAUUUAAAUAAUUUUUUUUAAAUUAAAAAAUUCGAAUUUAAAAAAUGAAGA